UCUGUCUGUCUGUGUGUGUAGGCGUAUUUGGCCGAUGUGCGUGUGAUUGCGUUGUGGAAGAUGGUCGGCAGGCACGUCAACUUCGGCGGCAGCUACGGCCGUUUUGAGCUGUUCGACCAGCCGGGAGGCGGUGUGCGUGCCCUCCACGACGAGCCGGGCUUCGAGCUGGACAUCAACCCGCCCCUCCCCCCCGCCCACCCAUACCACACACACACCAUCACCGACAGCCCGCCCGUCAGAUCCAGAAUCCGCCACCAGGGGGGCGGCUGGGCGGCCGGGGGUCAGGAGAGCACUGAUGCCUCGGCGUCGGCGUUCAUCAUGAGAAUCAUCCUGAUGAACGCCGAGGCGAUUUGGGGCAGAACUCCAUGGGUUCGAGUGGACCGGUACGCAGGACACGCCACACUCAGACACACAUCCAUCCAUCACGGCCUCUUCUCUGUGUCAUGUGUUGGUCUCCUCAGGCAUGCCCACGGCGGUGUGCUGGACGGCCUCCUCAACCAGUCGCCCCACCAGCCGCCCAACGGAUGCACCGCCGUCAUGGCGGGCAGGUUGGACGAAGUGGAUCCCGCUGUAGAGAUUCGGCAGCUGCUGCUGACGCCGUUCGACAGCCCAUUCGUCGCAUUGCUCGUUCUCCUCACCCGUGCCAACAUUAACACAGGUGAGGGAUAAGAUGAAAGAUCCUCUGCUGAUUGAGCCGUCCUUUGACGUGUGCUGUGUCGCUGGAUGCAGUGGGUGUGGAUGUCAUCACCACCGAGCCGCCAGUGGGUGAUGCAUCGGCUGCCUUCAAGGACCGCCGGCCGGCCACCGCCCCUCUGGUGGGCGGCCCGCUGGUGGACGCCAUAGCAAACAUGGUGGUCAACCAGAAAGAGGCAACUAGGCAAUAAAGGUGGGUGAGAGUCGAAGUGAAAUGGGUGCUCCAUCUAUCUCUCUGUGUUGGAUGUGUAUGUGUGUUGUGGUGUGUGUAGGUGGGCGAGGCGAUGUGACGCGACGCCUGGUGGGGAGGGACUGUUGAAUGGGGGAGGAUAUGAACGACACGGGCGUGAGUCUAGUCUGGGCAUACAUGUGUCACAUAUGCCCAUGUAUGUGUCUCAGUUGAUUGGCCUGUGAGUCCAUGGUGGCUGGCAUGGCGUGUGGUGUGAGGGCGAGAGGGGGACUGUAGCUGGUGCACACAGACAUGGAUUGACACAUGUCGGUCGAUGGACGACUCUUCAUGUCUGUGUACAGAUCAACCGCAUAUUGCGUGCAGGUAUGUUCGGCACACAGCACUGCCUACGCAUCGAAUCAAUGCGGCGACGGCCGGUUGUUCG